AUAAAAGCCCUUCAAAAUCGAAACCCUAACUCCCUGUAAAACUUUGUCAUUCGCGGCGUCUCCCCCACUUCACAUCACCAAAGCAAGAGCUUCAGCAAUGGGGAUCGAUCUAAUCGCUGGAGGAAAGAGCAAGAAGACCAAGAGGACAGCUCCCAAAUCCGAUGAUAUUUAUCUCAAACUCCUCGUCAAGCUUUACCGUUUCCUUGUAAGAAGAACCGGGAGCAAAUUCAAUGCCGUGAUAUUGAAACGCUUGUUUAUGAGCAAAGUCAACAAGCCUCCACUAUCUCUCUCUAGGCUAGUUCAGUUCAUGAAGGGAAAGGAGGAUAAGAUUGCUGUGGUAGUGGGGACAGUGACAGAUGAUAUUAGGGUUUAUGAGGUUCCUGCUUUGAAGGUUACUGCUCUUAGGUUUACUGAGACUGCUAGAGCUAGGAUUGAGAAGGCUGGUGGAGAAUGCUUGACUUUUGAUCAGCUUGCUUUGAGGGCUCCCUUGGGUCAAAACACGGUUCUCCUCAGAGGUCCAAAGAACUCCCGUGAAGCAGUUAAACACUUUGGUCCUGCGCCUGGUGUUCCUCACAGCCACACCAAGCCAUAUGUCCGCGCGAAGGGAAGGAAGUUUGAAAGGGCUAGAGGAAGAAGGAACAGCAAGGGAUUCAGGGUUUAGACUGAGUUUUUACUACUUGAUUUUGAGGUUGCCAUUUAGGGAUUUAUGGCUGUUGUUUUGAUUGCUUAUGUUUGCAUCUUAUAAUUCACGGAUUAGCUUGUUUGAGGGUAAAUCUUUCUUAUGCUACAAAGUGGAGCAUGUUUAAGCAUUUUAAUUUUAUAUCUUAACAUGGAAUUCUUCUAUUA